UUACUAGAUCUGUUGUCCAGAAGUAUUGGGUAAAUUGCAAGUUGGUUCACAAGAUUACUAAAAAGUUUCACGUUUGGCACUAAAAUAUUUUAUUCUAUUCAUGGUUACUAGAAUUAGUUAAAUAUUUCAAGUUUGGUCACUCUUCGUUAGUUUGUCAGCUUCCAUUAACGACGUUAGUUUUUUGCUGACGUGGCUAACAGAAACGCCUAAUCAGCCUUUAUUUAACAAAAGUAUUGAUGGCCAACUCAAACUUCGAGCUAAAUCUAUCUAUUAUUUUCAAAAGUUGGCCAUAACUGUAUUGUUUGAAAGUUCGGGCCAAAACUGACACUUAAGCCAAACUUCGGGCCAAACUAAGGUAUAUUACUAUUGAUUCUUUUUGUUAACUCAGAGGUUUAAGUUAUGCUCUUGUUAUUUUUCGGAUCUAAUAGUUAUAGGAUACUAACACUUUUGAGAAAUGGUGAACUUUCAGAAAUCAAAAGUCUCGUUCAGCGAGAAUGUGAAACCACAUCAAAGGCUCCUGGUUGGGGGAAUCCUAGGGAUGAAGAUGAUUGAAAAACAUGACAAAUACUUGGGCCUGUCGAAAGUGGUGGGAUGCUCGAAGAGGGAAAAUUUUAAUGGCUUAAAGGAGAGGGUGCGACUGAAACUGAAAGGAUGGAAGGAGAAGACGUUUUCGAUAGCCGGCAGGGAGACUUUAAUUAAGUCGGUGGCACAAGCUCAGCUUACGUACGACAUGUCUGUCUUCAAAGUACCGGAGGGUAUUCUGGAUGAGAUUCACACUUCACAGUAUGAUUACAAAUUUCCAACGAGGCUCAUAGAGGCGGGCUCACUGAAUUAGGCGGGAGGAGUUAGUAUGUACUAAAGCGAAGGGAAGUUUGGUUUAGGGAUCUGCAUGGUUUUAGGGGUCGUUUGCUUGUUGGAUUUGGGUCAUGGAUUUGGUACCCAAAUCCCAAGUUUGAUGGAUUUAACAUAAGUUCAUUGUUUGUUGAAGGGUGCUAAAUUCGUGGGGUCCACGAAUUUGGUCUUUAUUUUGGAACCAAAUCUGUGGACCCCCACGGACUUGUAAAUCCCACAUAUUGAUUUGGGAUUUGCAAAUCCUUGAUGGUUAGUUAUUUAUUUAACAAAUCCAUCACAAAUCCAUCAUCAAAUCUAUCAUGCAAACAUUAGACUCUUCAAAUCCAUAAUCCAAUAAAUCCAACAUAAAUCCCAAGGUUUUUGUUGGCCAAAACCCUCAUUUUUCAAAUCCAACAAGCAAACGACCCCUUAACGCUACUUUGCUCGCCAAACAGCUAUGGCUGCUUCACCAACAUCUUGCUAGGGAAAGUUACAUAAAUAUAUUAACUACAAUUUUCUCUCUCUCUCUUUCUCUCACUUCCAUAAUCUUCCGCCAGAUCUCUCUUUCUUUUUUUCUCAAACUUUUCCUUGAUUUCGUUCAGUCGAAAUACUUUUGCUGUCACAAUAAAACAAUAAAUCAAUACUAAUCCAUUAAAAAACACUACCAUUGCACAAAACACAAAUACCAUUCGAGAAAUAAAAUCACUAUCAUUUCACAAAACACCAAUAUCAUUGCAGAUUUAAUAAUUACCAAUACAUGCAAAUCAAUAGCAUUACAUGAUAAUCAAUAUCAAUGCGGAAAAAAAAAACAAUACCAAUACGAAAAAACACUAUCACUACGAAAACAAUCACUAGCAUUUCACAAAAAUACAUACCUUUACACAUCCAAAACUCCAAUUAAUCACAAUAGCUAAUCAUAAUCAAUAUCUGAAAUUCUACAUAGGGUUUGUGAUGAAAAGUUCUUUGUCGAUUUCCUUAAGAGAGACAGAGAUGGAAGGGAUGGUGUGGGUAGGGUGGAGGAGGGGAAGGGAAAAGUCGAGGGAAAAAGUCAAUAGUUAUGGUUAUAUUUGUCACAAACGUGAAACUUAUGACUAUGAAAAUAUAUUUUGUCUAUUUUAUAUUUUUAAAUGAUGAUGAUAUAUUUUCAAAUGUUCGACCUAUAUAUUCUUUAUUUAUGUAUCAUCUCGAUCGAAAGAUUGUCAAUAAAAUUAAUCGGGUUGAUAGACUUAAACGUAACAUAAAAAUAUAAAUAAUCAAAUAUGAAUAUUUCGGCCAACGGGCCAGUUUAUAACUAGUAUAUAAAAGAAAAUGGAGAAACUUGCACCCCUAUUUCAAAUAUCCUGCAUCUAGAGUGAUAGUAGAAAGGGUAGAUUCGUCUUCACAGUCAUUUAUUAUUUUCUUAUUUAUAGGAAAAAAUACAUCAGUAAUAGGAUUUGAACAGUAUUCUCUUAGAACAAAUACAAGAAACAUAACCAAUUACACUAAACAAAUAUGUUUGGUCUUUUAAAAUUAAAAAAUACAGGAAGGUUAAAUAUAAAAAAGUCAUUGAACCUUUCCACCACGGGUAGUUAACCCACUAACGCGAAUGAAAAAUACACUACUAUUGUAAACGGGCCCAAAUAGUGUCACGAGUCCACGACCCACUAAACGCUCAACCAACACCAUCUCUCCAAACUUCUUAUCAGACUCAACAACCGACUAACCUCCUCCACCUCUAUUGUUACGCCAAAGCAAUUUUUGGAGGGGUAAAUAUGAAUAGGUUGAGUGUUGUUGGUUUGCCGAACGCGGAUAGAAAAUGUGUUACUAAUGUAAGCAGACCCAAAUAGUGCCCGACCUACAAAUGCUUAACCACCACGCUUAUUUUCGCUACACCUACUAUAAUAGUGAAAUGAGAAAGGUACUUUCCACUUUACAAAAUCCCUGCAUCUAUAGCGAAAGUAGGAAUAUAGACUCAUCUUCACA